GACAUUCAAAUCCACGUGUCGAAUUUCAUCAGUUGCUGAGCAUCACAGGAAGCAUGUUGCUGCAUCUCUUGUUAGCAUUUAUAUGCGUGACGAAUUUUAAAGUGAUUAUAUGUGAAGAAGCAUGUUAUUCUUAUGGUGGAGGCCAAGUCUAUCCUCAAGAAUCUACAAAAUCCUCUGGGCAUACAUUACAUUGGAGCAAAGCUCAAAUUUCUAAACCUGCUCCAAAUUGGGAAGGUACAGCUAUCAUUAAUGGAGAAUUUAAAGAACUGAAACUAAAAGAUUUUCUUGGAAAAUAUUUGGUGUUCUUCUUUUAUCCUCUUGAUUUCACGUUUGUAUGUCCGACCGAAAUCAUCGCUUUCAGCGACCGCAUCAAAGAAUUUCAUAAUUUAAAUACCGAAGUCGUGGCAUGUUCUGUUGAUUCUCCUUUCACUCACUUAGCAUGGAUCAACACUCCACGAAAAUUAGGAGGAUUGGGGCCCAUAAACAUCCCACUUUUAUCCGAUAUUACUCAUUCCAUAGCAAAAGAUUACGGCGUAUACUUGGAAGAUCUCGGUCACACGCUCAGGGGACUGUUUAUCAUUGAUAAUAAGGGGAUACUUCGUCAGAUAACGAUGAACGAUUUACCCGUCGGGCGUUCGGUAGACGAAACUCUGAGGCUUGUCCAAGCCUUCCAGUACACCGACAAACACGGCGAGGUUUGUCCGGCCGGAUGGAAACCAGGCGGAGAUACCAUAAUUCCCAACCCUGAAGAUAAGCUCAAAUAUUUCAGCAAGAUGAACGAAUAAUCUUUUCUAAAACAAGUUGGACUAUUAAAAUAGUCCUCAUCUCACCAUUCCCAAGGAUUUUUUUUUGUGUUUUAACAUUCUCAACCACUUUUUAUACUUGUUAAAAGAAAAAAAAAAUAUUUUUAAGUACAACUUCUUUACACAUUUAAUACUUGGAAAAUGUUAUAUUUUAAAAUAUUGCAGAUUGCUUUGGAAAAUGUUCCUUAUUAUUAUUAUUAUUAUUUUUUUUUUAAUAAUCAAAUCCCAAUUGUGAGCAAAUCUAACUUUUAGCGUUCGAUAGUUACAGUUAUGUUUACAUCUAUUCUACUAGUCAUAUUGUUUAGUUUGCCACGUUCCGUCUUUGUAUUAUCCUAACAUUUUGUAAACAAAAUUUUGGUUAUUCGGGUCUGAAAUAAAUUUGGACGAAAGCAUUUAGGUGUUACUGGUGUCUUUUUAGCAUGUGAAGCGGAAUGAAUUCUUUAAUCUUUGCAAUGUAUUGAUUAAUAAGCAACGUACACCGUCGGCAAUAAAAUUAUUGUAUGUUACGUAUGUUAAAUUUAUUGAAAAGCAUGCUGUAUGGCGAAAGUUUUAUUAAACUCUUGAUGAGUGUGGCAGAUCGUA